UACUCCAGUAGAAAGAGUAUUUUCUAGUAGUAAAAAUUUAAUUACUGAUAAAAGGAGUAAUUUGAAUCCAAAAACUAUUAGAGCAUGCAUGGGUUUAAAAGGAUGCAAAGUUGAACCUAAUCAACAUACCAGAGACCCAGUUGAACAAAGUAAAUUGACUAUGAAAAAAAAAGAUCAAAAAGUUCAAGUAACCCGGCAGUGA